AUGUACAUUGGCAGUGAGGGUGUUGAGGGGGUGGGCAGUGGGGGAAUGUUGGGUUUGGGAUGUGAGAGGGUGGAUGGGGUGGAAAGGGAUGUUGUUGUGCCGAGAGUUGUUGUGGGGGAACAAAAAAGAAGGAGGGUGGAGGAGGAUGGUGUGGAGCGUAUGGAAGAUGUUAGAGUUCAAUUGGGGUUUGAUAGUGUCUUUACUGUGGAGGCGGAUGGGCGGAGUGGGGGUCUAGCGAUGUUAUGGAUGAAUGGUGUGGACUUGACAGUUUUGGGUUUCUCCGCUAAUCAUGUUGAUUGUGAGCUACGUUUGGAUGUUGGUGCUCCCUUAUGGCGUUUUACUGGUUUUUAUGGGUAUCCAGAGAGGAACCGUAGGCGGGAGACAUGGCAGUUGUUGCGGACCUUGGCAUCUCGGUCAACUCUACCGUGGUUAGUGAUGGGGGAUUUUAAUGAUCUCCUUGAUCAGUCUGAGAAGCUUGGACGGGCCCCACAUGCUCCUUGGUGUAUAAAUGGUUUUAGGGAGGCUAUUGCGGACUGUAAUUUGCAGGAUUUACCGUUUGAUGGGCCACAGUAUACUUGGGUCAAGUCACGGGGCACGAGCGGUAUGAUCGAGGAGAAGUUGGACCGCAUUUUAGCUAAUGAGGAGUGGUUGAGUUUGUUUCAGGGCGCACGGGCACAAUCUCUGGUUCUCCCCUAUAGUGAUCAUUUACCCAUGUUUCUUACACCGGUUAUUCUCCCACGGGUCCGUAAGCGCGCCAGGUUCUGUUUUGAUAAUUUGUGGUUGCGAGAAGAUUCAUGUAGAGAAAUUGUUGCGCAGAGUUGGGACAGAACGGUGGGCCUGGAUACGUUAGCAAGGGUGGAGGCAUGUGCUCUUGAUUUGAAGAGGUGGGGGCGGAAUUAUAAUAGAGAUUUCCAACGUAAGAUUGAGUUUAAUAAGCAACGUUUGGAAUGGUUGAGGGGGCGGCGUGAUGAGCCGGGGUUGAGAGAAUAUGAGGCGGUGGAGAGAGAGUUACUUUUUUUGUUGGAGCAACAACACUAUUACUGGAAACAGCGUGCUAAGGAGUUUUGGUAUCAAGGUGGGGAUGUCAAUAGCAAGUUUUUUCAUAAUUCUGUGAAAGCAAGACGCCGGCGCAAUACUAUUAGACGUCUCCAGGAUGAGAAUGGGAAUUGGGUGGAGGAUUCACAGGGGUUGGAUAAUGUCAUGUUGAAUUAUUAUACUGGACUGUUUACCCCGGAUUAUGGAGAGAUGCAGGAGGUGAUUGAUGCAAUUCCUGCAAAGGUGACUGAGGUUGAUAAUGCUAUGCUGUUGCGCCCGUUGAGUAUGGAGGAGGGGGCGGUAACAGCUUUUUGUAGAAGUUUCUUGGAAACAGCCAAGCUCCCACGUGGGGCUAAUGAUACCCUUGUUGUUCUGAUCCCGAAGAAGGCCAGUCCGGAAACAAUGAAGGAUUUACGCUCGAUUGCUUUGUGUAACGUCAUCUAUAAGGUGGCGGCAAAGCGGCAUUUGGGGCCAGUUAUACCAGGAAGAGGCCUCCGUCAGGGGGACCCGCUAUCCCCGUAUUUGUUCCUUUUUGUGGCUGAGGGGUUGAGUGCUAUGAUUGAGAGAAGCAUGUCUGUGGGCCGUUUGCAUGGGGUAUCAGUUGCCAGAGGGGCACCUUCCAUCUCUCAUCUCCUUUUUGCAGAUGACUCUUUCCUCUUUUUACGGGCUAAUGAGGAUGAAAACAUUCAAAUGAGGUAUAUUCUUGAUACUUAUGCCAGGGCUUCUGGACAGUAUAUAAAUUAUGAUAAAUCUGCUGCAUGUUUUAGUGCUAAUGUCCCACAGAAUAUAAGAAAUGAGGUGGUUGAUAUACUGGGAGUGGAGGAGGGUGAUACGAGUGGGAAAUACUUGGGUUUGCCAUCCCUAGUGGGGAGGAGGAAGAAGGCUAUAUUGGGUUUCCUGAAGGACCGAAUACUCACCAGGGUCCGUUCUUGGAAUGCCAAGUUUUUGUCUAGAGCUGGGAGAGAGGUGCUUUUGAAGAAUGUUCUGCAGGCAAUGCCAGCUUAUGCUAUGAUGGUGUUUUUGCUCCCCUUAGGCCUGUGUCGGGAAGUCGAGGUAAUUCUGAAUCAAUACUGGUGGACUGGCAGUGUGGGUAGUGAACGUGGGAUCAGAUGGCGAUCAUGGGAGGGUUUGUCAAAGCCGAAAUCAUGUGGUGGAAUGGGCUUCCGCCGUCUACAUGAGAUGAAUAAAGCAUUACUAGGGAAGCAGGCGUGGAGGUUAGUUUCCAAUCCCACAAGUCUAGUGGCCCGUGUGUUUAAAGCAAGGUAUUACCCUGAUUGUGACUUUUUUGAUGCCAGGGAGGGUAGUAACCCAUCCUAUAUUUGGCGGGGUAUGCUGGAGGUUAAAGGAUGCUUGAAGGAGGGCUGUAGAAAGGUUAUUGGCGAUGGCAAAGGGACUAUAAUUGGUAGGGAUCCUUGGCUUCCUGAAGAUGGGAACCCGUUUGUGGAAACGGAGUUGCAUCACGCAGUUUAUGAGGCACCGGUGGCUUCUCUGUUGGAUCAGCAUGGUAAGGGUUGGGAUGUGGAUUGUGUGAAGGAUAUUUUCAAUACCCGCGAUGCUAAUUUAAUUUUGAAUAUUCCAGUUAGUAACCGGAGACCUCAUGAUCGGUGGUUUUGGCAUUGGGAGCAGAAGGGUGUGUACUCGGUCAAGUCAUGUUACAAGCAACUUACGAGAGUGGACGCGAGUCACCACCCAUGGGCAAGUAUUUGGAACUUACAGGUCCCCCCCAAGGUGAAGAGUUUUUGUUGGCAGUUAGCGUCCCUCUAUCUUCCCACACGUGAUAUUUUGUUAUCUAAGAAUGUUGCUUGCCUGGUGGAUUGUCAUAUGUGCAGGCAGGUACAGGAGUCGGCCAUGCAUCUUUUUGUUCAUUGUGGGGAGGCGGUUCGCCUUUGGAACUUGUUGGGGAUGCAACAGGUGUGUAGCUAUGAUGGUAAUCAUCUUGGUGACUGGUUCUUUUGGGCUCUGGGCACUUUAGAUUUGAUUGCUAAGCCUAGGUUUGUGAUGGCAUGUUGGGGUGUGUGGUGCGCUAGAAACGACAGUGUAUGGAGGGGUGCUGUUUUUGACUUAUCUACUAUGCUGCGUAGGUCUUUGGCUUUUCUGGAUUGUUGGAGAGAUGCUAAUGAAAAGUUGCAGGUUGGUGUUGGCCACAAACACACACAUGCCGUGUCCUCUUGGGCAAAACCUGUGCUUGGGAGGCUCAAACUCAAUACUGAUGCUGCGUUGAGGGAGGUGGAUAAUGCAAUGGGGUUUGGAUGGGUCUUGCGGGAUGAUGAUGGUAAUUUUCUUGCUGCUAAGAAUGUCAGAGUGCCCGGGUUGUAUACUGUUAGGGAGGCAGAGGUGCUUUCUAUACGAGAGGCGAUGAGUUGGCUGAAGGGCACUGGUUUGGGUGCUGUAGAUGUGGAAACUGAUUGUAAGAUUGUUUUUGAUGCUUUAACUUCGAAUUCUUUUAUUUCUGUUUUUGGCUAUUUAGUUGAUGAUGUAAAGAGCUUGGCAUCUGAGAUUGAGGAUGUGCAGUUCUGUCAUGUUAAGCGAUCUGCGAAUUGUGCUGCCCACGCUGUUGCUAGGGAGGCCUUUUCUGUGUCAGGUUGCAGUGAGUGGUUGGAUGAGCCACCUGCUUUUCUUGUUGACAUUUUUGCUUCUGAUUUAAUGAAUUAA